AUGAAAACAAGUUAUAGUGAAAAGGUUAUUGCUGAUAUAUCAAAAUGCUCUGAUUUCACAUAUGAUAGCAAAAAUCAAGAAUUAAUAUUUAUAGAUUCUUGUCUUUCAUUAAAAUCUAUAAGAGUUAUUGAGAAUAGUGAGUCAUAAAUAAUAAAUUGGAAAGAUGUAAAUAUUUAAAUUUUGCAUAAUGGUUAAUAAGAUUUAUCUCCUCAGCUUUAAAGUUCUUAAAACGUUAAUUUUUUAUCAUCUUAGAAAGCAACUUAAUUUGAUAAUAAUGAAAAAUAAUAACAAUCUAUAACAAGCUAACCUGCACUAAUUGAAAACCAAGGCAUAGAAUUAGACAUUUAAGAAUAAGCUAAUUAAUUAAAUUAUUCAUCUGCACGCAUGAUACCAUAUAUUAGCUAAUAGACAGCAAACCUUCCUGCUAACUAAUAAAAUAAAUUACUUUUUUCUAAUUCAGGUCUUACAGUAACAUGCAUGGAUACAUCACCUUAAAUAGCAAUUUCAACAAUAGGAUUUUGUGAAGGAGAACAUUUUUGGGAGUUUUAUUGUCCUAUUUACUGUUAAAAAAUAGAAAUGGGUAUAAUUGCUCCUUCCAUAUAAUAGUUUCAUUUAAUCGAGUUCCAUACAACAACUCCAAGACAAGUUACUUUUAGAUUGAAUUUCAAUACAUGCAAGCUUUCUACUUACUUAAAUGGCAAUUUAAACAAUCAAAAAUCUUAAAUUCUCUCCUUCUUAAAACCCUUAAGCGACUAAAAUGCAGUAUCAUCUGAAUCAAAUUCCUAAUAGAUUAUGUGGUUUCCUGCUAUUAAGAUGAAAGAGGUAGGAGUGAGUGUUAUAUUUAAUCCCUUCGCAUAUGAUCCAGAAAAUCCUAUGUCUGCAUAUAAUUUCAGGCAACAGUAGAACUAACAAUUAUAGGAAAAUAAAGUUAAUUUAGAUGAAAGCAUGAUAACAGAGGUUUUGUAGAGAAUAUAAUAGCUUAAUCUUACAAUUAGAGAAAAGCGUGAUACAUAAAAUAGCGAAUAGACUAAAGAUUUCAAUGCAGAUAGCGAAAACCAAGCAUCUGAUAAAAGUAAAGAAAAAUAGAUACCAUAUAACCAAAUUAGCGCUAACAUGAAAAAUAAUAAUCUAGUUAUUAUUUAAAAUGACAAAAUCAAACUCAUUAAAAAGGAUGAGUCUGGAUAAUACCCUGUUACUAAAUCUAUAUUUUAUAAUAAACCAAAAACUCCUGCAGAUUACAUUUAUUUAACCUUAAAUAUUAACGACACUAUCUUCUUGCUAGAAAGAGUAGAUUGGGCUAGUUUAAUAGAAGAUAAUUAUUUAGGCUUGAAAGAAGUUCAUUCAUUAAUUGAGCUGAUUAAAAUAUCUGUUUCAUAAGCUAAUUUUUAAAAUAAGUACAUUUAAAUACACUUGUAAUUUUCAUUAGCCAAGAAAUGUGUAGAUGCUUUAGGAUUAUUCUCUCUUCAAUAAUAUAAAAUUAUUCAUGAACUGCUCCAUACUGAAAAGUUAGAUCAAAUUCUAUUUAAUUUCCCACUAUAAUCAUCUUUGUAUGGAUCCUCUUAAUUUAAUUCUGAUAACUAGAGUAAAUCUUGUGUAUUUAAGGUGUCACAAACUUAUGAUAGCGUUAUUGAAUAAAUUAGAAUAAUGCUGAGUCUUGAUGAAUAAUUGUUUGCUAUGACUCUUCAUCAGGAGGCUAACUCCAAGCUUGCUCAUAUGUUUGCUAAUAGCCUUUCAAGAAUAUAUAGCAGUUUUUGUAGACUUGGCUCUUUAAUGAAUUACACAAAAUCUUAAUAUUCACCACUUGAAUUGUCAGAAGCAGGAUUGUAUAACACAUAUGAUACUUUAUCAAGUUUAAGACACUUUGAAUUUCCUUUUAUUAAAAUUGAUUAGUUAGAAACAUAUAAAAAGAAAGUACCUCUCUGGCAAAAUAUUUCAUUAUAAAUUCCUCAUAGCAGAAUGAUGAAAGGACAAACAUGCUUAAAUGUUCCACUCUAUAUCACAAUUAAUAAUAUUCCUUUUCAAUAGCAUAUAAGAGCUAGAUAAUUGAAUAAAGAUAAUAAGGAUUAAUGUGAUUUUAAUUAAAUCAGAAUACUAAGACCUAAUAGAUAAUAUACAUCAAAUUAUAUUUCCACUGUAAGUUCUGAUGGAUGUGUCAAUGUUUGGAAUACUGAAAUAUCUUUACUAAGGGUAUUUGUUAGUGAUUUUAAGAGAGAUUUUGUUCCACCCAAAUCUCUAAAAGGACUGCUUAGCACCAACGAUCUCAAGGCAAAUCUAAAAAAUGUGGAAAGCGGACUUUUUUAUGAUUUAAAAUUCCCUACUAAACCUCAAAAUAAGCCAAGAGAGUCUAAAUAGAUCGAUUAGAAAAAAGAUUUUAAGAAUUAAAUAAAGGAUAUAUUUUGUAAGCAAGUAGGUAAAAACCUUUUAGCAUAAUAGGGAUACGACUAAGAAAUAGCUUCUAAAGUUAUCAAAAAUAUUAAAAACAAUGUGCUUGAAGAUGCUGUUAAAGAAACAGAGAAAAUAAAAACAUAAAAUAAUUAAUAAGAAGAAGAAUUUUUAGAGUCUGUUCAAAACUCAUAAAAUGCUCCAGAAGAAGAAGAUGAUUAAGCAUCUUAAGAAAAUGAAUUGGAAUGGAUUUGUUUGCAAUGCACUUUUAGAAAUACUCUCCCUGAGUUCUAAAAUGAAUGCGAAAAUUGUUAGAAACCCAGAAGAACACAAACAAAUUUAGAAUUGCUAAAAGAAAUAAAUAUUAAAAAGUAAAAAUCGAAAGAGCUUUCUGCAAUUGAAGCCAUGAAUAAGCUAGACUAGUUGAUAAAUUAUAAUGCGAAAGUUGCUAAUGAAAAGCAAAAAUUAGAGGAAAGUUAAAUGAUAAAUCCUAUGCAGCAGAUGACUGUAUCAAUUACUUCAAUAACAUAAGAAAAUAAAUAGCCUUUAAAUGAGGAGAAAUCAUAUAUCAGACCAGAGUGGGUUUGUCCUCAGUGUGAUUAAAUCGUGCAAAGAUCGUAAGAAAUAUGUGACAAAUGUGGCACACAUGUACCAGAAGAAUUUAAAUGCACCUAUCAAGAAUAUAAAUCCCUCAAAUAAGGAAUUGAAAAAAAAAUGAAGGAAGAAAUGGAAAAGAAGUAGGCUAAGAGAGAAGAAGAUUUAAAAAACUUUUGUUUAGAUGAAAAUAGCAAAGUUUAAACAGGAAUUAUGAUAAACUGUGAGCUAAGUAAAGUUUGCCCAUUAAUAGUAGGUGUGGGUAUGAAUAGCACUAAAAAAGAUAGUGAGGUGCAGUCGAUGUUGAGGAUCAGAAGAUUUGGAUUCGAUCCAAAUUAUUUAAAUAACUUUUACAAGCUAAGUAAUCUUACAGGCUAACCUAACACAAAUUAGAAUGGAAGUAAUAUAUAAUCUUCUAAAACAGUUAUAAAUUAACUAGAUGGAUCUGUUAUUACAGAAAAAACAAUGGGUAGUAUAGAAGAUUCACUAUUUAGAAGUGAAAAUAAUAGGUAGGUAGUAGAGUCGAUAGAACCACUUUUCAUGAGCAAUAACAGAUUUUCAAAUGACUCAUCCACUCACCAGUAAUCAAUAGAGCAAUAACAGAAAAUAGUAAACCAAAAGAAUGCUCUUUUCCAUUAAGAUUGGCUGGAAUUAGCAUAGCAUGAUAUAGUUCUGAAUGAAGAAAGAAUCAUAGAUUGUGUUUCCUGGUGCAUAGAUUCAGAUAUUUAAAUGGCUCAUGAUAGCAUAAUUAAGAAUAAGGAAAUGACCACCUCAAAUUAUAAUUAUUAAAUGAAUCACACUGGAGAACAACAUCAAGAAACUCCAGAAAAUCCUGAUAAAUUACCUUACAUUUCUUCAUCAUAUUCACAAACAUCGUCACCUCAAAUGAUGGCUAGCUUAGAAGGCAGAUAAAGCUUUGAUAGAUCAUAAUAAAAUUUCUUAUUAGAUUAAGAAAGCACUAAUAUCAACAGCCUUAGAAAAGAAUGGUUUAGAAUAGUGCUUCUGACAGAAACUAUGAACUAAUCUAUUAAAGUACAUAUUUAUCGACUUGAAGUAGAUAAUAUUAACCCUUACAGCAGCGAUUCGAUAUAAAUAUCCAUUCUAAAAGAAUUCAAGGUAAGUGGUCCAGGAUACUCAACUGAAAAGUCUCGCCUAUUUAUACCAGAAUGUAGUUAAGUUGCUUUCCUCAUAACUGGUAAUUAGAUAGUUAACAUACCACUCAAUCAAGAGGCCAUCUAAGGAGCAUCAAUAGAAGCAAAAUCGUUAAAAGGAUCUCCUCUUUGCACCAGAUUUGUAGGGAAAAAUAUACUUGCUACAGUAGAUUCUCAAAAUAAUUUAAUCUUAAUGAGUUAAUAACCACAAAAGAAUUAAAAUAGUUUUAGAAAUUCUUCUACUUCCAUCCAUAGUAUUCCAUCAACUCCAAUUUAAUAGUCAUUAAAUGAAAAACCUUAAUUUUUAACUCUUUCAUUAUAAAUAUAAGAAGAUUUAUGCUUGCAUUAAUAAUACUCAUCCAAACUAGAUUAGUUUAAAGGAAAUCCUUUGUUUCCAUAAUCUCCUCUAAAAUAAUAAAGUAUCACUUAAAAUUUAUCUCAUCCUGAAUUAAAUAUUUAAGACCCAAAGUAAAUAAAUGAGCUUAAAUCUUUACUGAAUACAUAUCCUAUUGGUUCGAAUGUAGUACGAACAGACUAAGGAAUAUUAAAGAGCAGUAUUUUCGAUUCUUAGACUAAAUUAAACGUUAAACAUACGUUUUAUUAGAAAGGAUUUAUUUAUUUCACAGAGCCAACAUAUCUCAGCCAUCUAACUAUUUCUUUUAAUUUUUAAUUACAAUAAUUAAUUUAAACAAGCACAACUUCAAACAGCUAGAAUACUAAAAUUAACUCUAAUACAGACCUAAAUAUCGCAUAAAAUAUUCUUAGUACUUCUAUCAAUCCUUCAUUAUUAUUUUAAUCUAAUCUUAAUCUCCUACCGAAUUUUUAAUUUAUAGAUAACACAAACCAACCAAACACAGCAAUUCAAAAAAAUAAUCAAAAAUUACUUAAUAUCCCAAGUUUACAAAUUUUUUCAAAUAAUAACAAUUAAUAAAAUUUCACAAGUAGUUUUAAUAAUAUUUAAUCUGAUUAUCUAAAUUUGCCUUACAACACUGAAAUUUUAGAUGAUCCUUCUCAUUAUAUUAAUAAUUUAAAUAAUAAAUUUCCUAGAAGUUCAUUUAUUGAUGAAGGUGCUAAUAAUUAAGAUUAAUAAUUUCUUCAUCUUCCUUUAACUUUAGUCUACCAAGUAGGAGCAUCCUAAUCCAUUUAAUAACAAGAAUCACUUAUCACCUGCCCUAAUAAUGAAAGUUUUGUGACUAAUUAUGCCAAACCCUCUUUUACUUUUAGACAUUUACAUGAAAAGAGAAUGAUAAUCGAUUUUGUAGUAGUUCACUCUAUAAUUUCUUCUAGCAAAGGAGCCUAUCCUAUUGGCAGUGGAUUAAUUUUCGUUGCAGACAAUAUAAGUUUUUUUGAUAUGAUAGAUUCAUUUCAUGGAAUGAACAUGGCAGGUUAUAAUUAAUGGAAAUUAUAAAGAAAACAAAUAGAUACUCCUCUACAGUAAUGGGAACCUAUUGGAUGCUUUGAAUUUGUUAACAAUAAAGAAGUAAUCAAAGUGGAAAUGGAUGUGAAAAGAGCUGCAAAAUUUGUGCAUUUAUUACCAACUAAUUUUAGAAGUUAACCUGAAGAUUUCACAGGCUAUUUUAAGUCAGGAAUAUUAGAUAUAUAAUAUUUUGGUGUUUAGGGUUAAGUAUUAGAGGAAGACACCUCAUAAGACGAUAAUUAUGUAUUUUAUGAAGAACUUAGUAAUCAAAAUUAUAUAUGCGAAGCAUGUAGGAACGAAAAGGAUAGAUUUCCAAAAAGCUAAGAAUUCACUUAAGAACCUCAGUUUUUGCAAUUCUAGCAACAAUAAAAAGCAGAAUUUAUUUUUAAUUAGCAAAUUUCGACUGAUGAAUUGAUUGAUUCAGGAGUUAUCAAGAUUGAAGUACAAAUUGAAAAAGAUAACUCUUGGCAUGAGCUAAACUCAAAUAACAUUCUUAUCCUAAAAAGGUUAAACAUUAAUAAUCCCUUAGAUAAUUAUCCUAUUUCAAAGCUUCCUAAUUCUUUACCUUUGUUAAAUCAAAUAUUAGAGUCUAAAUAUAAUUUAUUUCCCAGCAAAAGUCUAGAUCUUAGAAUUUCUCCAAAGAUAUUUUUUGAAAACAAAAUUAUAGCAUUAAGAAUUUAGUUAAAUUAAAAUGCAUCAAAUUUGAUUUAUUCAAAUUUCUUUUAAAAUAAGAAUGUUGUUGAUAGCUUUGUGCAAUAUGCUUUAAAAGAUUUUUCUGUUGAGUGUUUUUAGAGCAAAGAUGACUGCUUAAUUAAUUUAAAGAAAGAAUAAAUUCAAGAAUAUCGUCACACUCUCUUAGAUCCUGAAAAAUAUGAAUACUUGAAUAAAAAUAUUAUCAAAUAUGUUCUACUCUAAGCUCAUAAAGCUAAUAGCGCUGAAAGUGAAAAUCAUAAAGAAAGAAAGCUACAAACUUUAAAGCUACUCACUAAAUUAAUGAAAGUCGAAAAUAGACUUGUGUAACUAUUUUAUAAAGAUUUAGACUUAAAAACAUUUAUUGAGCUUAUGAUUUUUGAAUUUAAUGAUGGUUGCUAUGAAAGUUCUAGCUUCAGUAACUAAUAUACAGAAAACUUGAAGGAAGUAUUUGAGUUUUUAUAUUAAUUUAGAAGUGUUUUUACUUUUGCUUCAGAUUUAGAGUAAGUUUUGAUAGAUUAAAUAUCUUCUAAUAUUUUUGAUAGCAAAAAAUACUAGGAAAACCUAUCAAAUAGUAAAAAUUAUGAUUAAAAAGAUCAGAAAUAAGUUAAUUAGAGAGGAUUAAAGCGUUUCUUUUGUUUACUAAAGUGGUGUUCUAAUAUUUUAGGUUAAUAAAUAUUCGAUAAGUUGCUAGAGCUUUUACAUAAAGUAACAAUUUAAUUUAAAACUCAGAAGAAUAUCAAUUAUUAUUUACUUCGCUAUGAGCAUAAUAUUGCAGAUUUUCUUUUUGAAAAACAAUUAUUUACAAAUAAGUUUGUCUCGUAAUACUCAUAAUAACUUUAAUAGUCUUAGAAUAAAAAUUUCAAUAAUCUAAAUAGCAAUUAAUAAAUUUAAGGAGGAUCAUUGAUGACCAAUUCUAUAUAACAAGGCUUAAAAAACGAAUAAGGGAAUAAAAAUUUUUCAAAUUUGUUAAAUAGUGAUUUGGUAAUUAAAGAACAUUCUUUGGAAACUUCCUCUAUUUAAUAUCCAUAAAUAUCAGUCUAAAAUGCCCUCAAUUUCAAUGAAGCAGCUUCAGCAUCUACUUCUCUAAAAUUAAAUAAGGCACUUGUCAAAGAUAAAGAAAAGAAAUCGAAUGGAUAAAAAAUCAACGAAUUUUUGACUGAUUAAAUAUUUGUUGGAGAUAAACAAGAUAAUCAAGAAAUAUUUUUAACUUCAAAAUAAAAAUAACGUUUAUUGAAAAGUCGUAUUCACGCUGAUGUGGAUGGCAGCACUAAUAAAAUAUAUACUAUUGAUUUAAUGAAGUAUCAUGACAUAAAAAACAUUCUUUUGACAUUUGACAAAGUUUCGAGAUCUUGUGCUGUAAGGAUGAAAGUUUAAAUUUACAGAGUUCAUUAAAAUUAUUAUUAUGAAAAUGGAUUUGAAAAAGUUCUCAUUUAUUCUAAUGAUUAUUAAACUUGUGUCACUAAUUAAUUAGCCGUGUUAAGUCAUCAGCAUGAAUAUCAAAAUCAAUAUUUUAACCCUAAUUCUUAAAAUUUGAACUCUUUAGGGUUUAGCUAUUUCGAAGGAGUUACUACAAGAUAUUUAAUAGUUUAGCUUACUUUUGCAUUCGUCCCAUAUGCAUCCCAAUAUACUGAUAUAGAAUAAUCGGCAAGGAUUGAAGUAAUACCUGAAGUUUUUGGUGUUAUUUCGUAAGAUUAGAAUAUCAAUACUCCUUUAAAAUAUUUCUAAUAGCUUUUUGAAGGUAAUAGGAUAGAAGAAUUAAAAAUAAUUAAAACAAUAUAAUUAAACCCAGGUUUAAAUCAAUUUAAAAAAGUUUAAAUAUCAUUCACAAGCUUUUAUUUAGAUAGCUUGAAUUAUUAUGAGCAGUAAAUUGAACAAGUUUUACAAUAGAACAGCAAGAAAAUACAAAAUCUAUUAGUAUCAACUACUUAAGGGAAUGUACUUGGUACUAAUUUAACAAGUAGUGUUUAUUUCAACUAAUCAUAAAAUGCAGGUCACUUAUUUAGUCCUAAAUCAAACAAAAAUAGUCUUAAUUUAAGUGUCGCCAAAAAUAACUUAAGCGUUUCAUAAUAAACAUAAAACAUUCCUAACAUUUAACAAAACUCAUAAAAUCUUACUACUUCUAAAGCUAGUUAAAAAUCUUUAAAAAAAACAAAUGAAAGCUAAGAACUUGAGGAAAAGCUUAAAUAUGUUAGUUACAAUUUUUUUUUCACAUCUUCAUCUGUAUCCAAAAAGAAAAAAGAAAAUAAAUUGAAUAGUGCUUAAUCAAAUGUGGAACAAAACAAACCUAAUUCGGAUUAAAUUAAAACAAAUUAAGAAUAAACAAAACUUAAUAUUGAAUAGAAUAAGACAAACACUAAUGAGUUAACUAAAUCGAUUAAUAUUUCAUAGACAAAUUUCUAACAGCAUUAAAAUGUGUCCUAACCACCAAUGUUACUUUCAUCUGCUUCUUAAAUGCUAUAUCCAAACAGUGGAUAAAUGAACUUACAAGAUGAUGAUUUGGACAAUGAUGAUGACUUAUUUAACAUGAUAACAUAAAGUAAAAAGGAGGACAUAGAAAGAUUAGAAAAAGAUGAAGUAAAAGAAGAAAUAGGAGAGGAUGAUGAGGAAUAAUAUGGAAUACUUUCAUCAUAACUGAAUAAUGAUAUGCAAUAUGACAUGAGAUAAGAUUUAAUUAAUUAAGUCCAAGAAUUGUAAGAUGAAUUAUCAAUAAGGCUUAUUAAAUACCAUGAAAAAGAGAAGCAUCAUAAAUAAACUGUUGAAAUGAGUAGCUCUAAAGUAUAGAAUGAUCAUAGUUAGAGUUUUCCCUCUUUUAAAAACUUUUCAUUUUAACAUUCAUAAUAUAAUGAAGAAAGGAUUACGAAAUUAAAAUAAGAAUAAUUAUAAAUAUAGCAGCUAUGUAAUUAAAUUAGAUAAAUAUAACUUUAAUUGCUUAAUUUAGAAGAAUAAAAUUAAGGUAAAAGUACUUCAGUAUAAAAAAAUAAGCAAAAACAAUAGACAGAUGAAUCUAAUUAAUCUCUAGAUUUUCUUGCAUGUCUUACAUAUGAGCUUUGUUCUUUCCUUAAAUAUGAUGAAAAGCUUAUAUUCAGGCUUAUUCAAAAAGACUAAAAACUAAUCACUGAAAAUCAAAUUUCAAAUACAGGAUUAAACUCAGUAAAAGAAGAAGAUAUUUAAUAUUAGAAUGGCUCUCCAAAAAGCAGCAGUGAUGAAAGAAAAUUCUAAGAUAUAAAUUGGGAAGAUGAUGCACAAGAGGAAGAAGAAAAAAAGCAGAACGAUUAAAAAGGCUUGUAAGAGGGAGGGUCAUUCCUUGUUAAGCUAAGCUUAGAAUUAUUUGAUACCUUCAUUGUGAAUGAAAGUGGUUUGCUUCAUAAUGAAGUUAAAGCUUUCUUUUAAGAUAUAUUAUUAAAAUCAAUUAACAGGCUAGAUAUUAAUAAAAUCCUCAACUAAAUAAUAGAAAAAUAUUUAAUUGAGCCAUUCUUACAGAAGAAUUUAAAUAGUUAUUAGUAGCACUAAUCCAUAGAGGCAACCAUAAAUUAAUUAAAAGAAAGCGUCUUAAAAAAUAAUGGUCAGUUUUAUUCUGCUUCAAAAAUAAUUAAUAUAGUUAACAUUUUCAACAUUGUAGAUGUGAAUACAUUUUUCUUAAAGCUGAAGGAAAAGCAAGAACAAACUGAAUUAUUUUUGAAUACCUAAGACAAUUAACAGUAAAAUGGCUAAGUUUCAAACCCUAGCUCACAGAAUUCCUAGAAACUUCAAGAGCUGCUGUUAUAUGUAUGGAGCUUAACUUCAAUGCUUAAAAAUGAAUACCUGAAGAUUUAAUUAAGAUAGAUAUUUACCUAGCAAAGAAAUUAGUAGUUUAUUUAAUAGUAAUAAUAAUUAUUUGAAAAGUAGUUGAACGAAGACGACCUCAACAAUUAAGAGAACUGUCAAGGAUUGUACAUUUGCUAAAAUCUCAUUAGAUUUUUGUUAUAAAAUUCUAGCACUAUAGCUGAAAAAGACAUAUCUUCUUUGCUUACUCAUUUGUUUGAUUUAAUGCUUAUGAUUAUCAAUUGUGUCCCACUUUCACACAUUUCUAAAAUAACAUAGCUAUUUUUUUCAUCUAAUAUCACAGGAUUAACAAGCGCAACUAAAAAAUAAGAAGAAAAGUAGUAAGGAAUACCUCUUCUUUAUAGUAUUUUCUUCAAAGCAAUGUCUUUAAACCAUUAACCUUUGCUGCAGGUUUUAGAAGUAUUUAUAACAAAUCUAGUUUUUCCUAAGUAAUUGGAGAACUACUCAGAACUAACAAUAUGUUCAACUCAGCCUUUAGCGAAAAUAUAACUAACAGAGGAACUUGAUAAAUAUUUAGAGACUUAGUUGUAAAUACUUUAUCACUUAUAGUAAAUGAUAGGAUAUUUGCUAGAUUAUCCUAAAAACUGUAAUAGCUCCAGUCCAUACACAUAAGUAAUAUUAUCAUCAAACGCAAAAACACGACUACCUCUUAGCAAUUGGAUUGGUCAUCUGAAAUUCCUACUUUAAAUACUUUAAAACUCAUCAAAGAGUAUUGUUUUAAUACAUAAAAAAACUUAAAAUUCUACAUCUAAAAAAAUGUAAGAAAUAUAAAGAAGAAAAACAUCAAUUUCUUCUAGGAAAAGCUCUUUAGCUUCAAGAAAAAAUAGUUGUGGGUUGGAUUAAUUAGAUCAUGCACCUACUAAUUUAACAAGAUCAAAAACUACUCCCCCUAAUAAUGAUUUGCAAGUUUUUAACUUAUAAUCCAAUAGCAAUUAAAUAACACUAGAAGAAUAUAUCGAUCAUUGCAUAUUAGACAAGUAGUUGUUAAUUUAGACAAAUAUUGCAUUAAAAUUAGUUGAUCUUUUGAAUCCAAAAGAAGAAUAGCCAGAAUAAAAAAAAAUUGAUGAGGUUGAAGAAGAAGAGUUUGAGGAUGACAUAAACGACGCAAGCCAAGAAGCAAUUGAUGAUAAAGAAAUAAAAAAUUUUUAUAAGUUCUAAAAUAACAUAUAAAUUUGGGGGCUUAUCAUGAGCACAGCAAGCUUAUUAAAAGGAUAAAUAUUAUAAGAAAGCAACAUUUAUACUAAUUUAUUAAAUUAAUAUUUAAAAUCAUCAGAUGAAGUAAAGUCAAUCUAUCUUAAAAGUUUUCUUAAUUUAACAAAGACUAUUCUCUAAUCAGGCUAUCAGAUAAAAGAGUUUUGUAAUGACCUCUUUGUAAUAAUUUUUAAGAUAAUCUUCAAAAAAAAUUCUUCUCAUUCCAAACUACUUGGCUACAAAAAAGAUUCUGCUAACUCUUCAUAAUUUUCAGAAUCACCAGAAUAACAAAGAAACUAAAUUUUAAACAGUAAAAGCUUUAUAGAGGAUUAGAAUCUCUAUUAUCUUGUUAAUGGAUUACUCGAAAUUCUUCUGACUAAAGAAACUCCAGCACCUGAAGAAUUCUAUUAAGCUCAACACUAACAAAAAGAGUGGAAAAACUCUUUUUGCAAAUUAAAUGCAAGGGGAGCGGCUAGACUAUUUAUUGGAAUAAGCAAAUUCCUCGUUAGAUAAUUAAAUUUUGGUGGAGUGGAAGGUGUUCAUAUGGCAGAUGAGAUGAUCAUAUCUAAAUUACAAGUUGCAGAUUAUAUAUUAAAAAUCUUACUCUCAGCUGAAUCUUCAUUCUAGCAUCUAGCAAUAGUUGAAGCUUUAAGCAAUUGGAAUUUAGUAGAAUUUUUAAAAUCUUCAUAUUCAAGAUGCAUCAUUUGGUAUUUUUUCAAUAAGCCAGAUGAAGUGAUGAAAGGAGUAUCUCCAGCUACUAUUUUAAUAAAAUCUAUAGGAAAUCAAGUAUUAAAGCUCUUUACUAUUGCUGGUGAAAAGUAAAAUAUAACAGAGAUCUGCAUUGAACUUCUUUUUAAACACUCAAUGAUAUUUUCUAAAGCAUUAUUUUCUAAUAUCCCUAAAUUAAAUGAAUAGUAAAGUGAGUUUGGAACAAGCUAAAAUAUUUCAUCUGCUUCUCACAUGCAUUCUCACUUUUCAAACCUCCUUCCUUUUUCUAAUCAGCUUCAAAAUUAGGAUAUUAGUGUAUUCAAUCUGACUAAUAUGUCUAUUACAAAUUAUAAUGCUCUAAUACUUGCUACUAGACAAAGUAAAAUAUUUUAAGAACUGCUCAACCUUUGGAUUACAAAUGAUUCACUCGCUUAAUUUCUAACCUUCAAAAUAAACGGAUUCUCUCAUCUUUUAGACAUAAUAGGUCUUAAUUCUUUUAAUUAGGUUCAAAGCUUAAACGAUUAAAGUAAAACUUAUUAGUAUAGCUCUCUGAAUGAAAUAAAUACAACAAAUAUGCCUAUGUUUGGAAAUGAAGAUUCUUUAUUUGUAAAUUAAAAUGUGUUGAAUUAUAUUUCAAUAAUUUAAUCUGGUUCUGAUAAAUAAUUGCCUACAUAGUCUAGUUUGAACAAUUAAACGAUUUAUAAUCCAUGGAAUCAAUACACAAUGUAAAAUAUUUCAUCUGCUCAUAAAAUCCCUCCUCCUUCACUUUAAUUUGGAAGCUCUUCAUUUGCAUUAAUCAAGAAUCCUUAGCUCGCUCCUUUUAAUAACGGAGAUAAAAAAAAUCUUUUUUUCCAUGAUAGCGCAUAGAAUUUGAAUAGUCAAAAUAAUUCUCAUAUUUAAAUUCAAUAAAAUGUAGCAUUAGCACCUUUUAUGACUUAAGGAUCUGGUGCAAGUUCUUUUGAACCAGCUGGAUUGCUAUUUGGUAAUAGCGAGAUACAUGAAAACUAAAAGAGUAGCUUUAUUAAAUAUUAAAUACAACAUCCAUCUUAUGUUAAUAACUUUAAUGCAACAAACAAUAAUUCUUUGAACUCCCAUAACAUGAGCAAUAGCAACAACUCAAAUUAAUCAUUCCCAUAAAUGAUGAAUAAUCCUCUUUUUAGUAAACUUCCUUCUAACUUGAAUUUUUAAAGUACAAUAAAUAAUGGAAUUAAGAGCAAUCACUCUAUAGUAUCUCCUGGGGUUAUUUCAAAUACUAUCCCUUAGCUACCACCCAUUCCUCCUAUGUAAUACAAUAACUAUAGUAAUAAUACUAUAACUCCAUAAAAUAUAAUUUAAAAUAACUAAAAUCCCUUCAUCAAUUAGUAAAUUUACACUAGCUCUAGUAGCAGUGGAAAUAACACUAUUAACUUAAAUCCUUUUACAUAAAACUUUUACCAAUAGUAUCCUACUAUUCCUCUUAGCGAUCUUAACGAUUCCGAUAUAAUAAGCUUAGCUAAUAAUUUAUAGCAAGAUUAUUUGUAAUAAAAAUCUAAAAUAUACGAAAUGAACAACCCUUUGAGAACAAAUGUUACAAAUCAAACUGUAGACCCUCUUUAAUAACUAGUAGAAAUAGAAUGCUGUAAUUAAAUACAACUUAUCCCUUUGAUAGGAUAGAAUUUUCAAAUAGCUUAAGGCAUUCAAGAUUGGUCCUAUAGCAAGAAAGGUUGCAAGAAUAAAAUUGCAAUCCAUCUCCUCUCUGGAAGCUAACAUUAAGAACUUUAAGUUCUUUUAAAAUUAAAUAAAACAGUUGAAAUUAAAAAAUUUAAGAUUGGAUUCAAUUGCUAGUCUGUUGAACAAUCAGAUUCACAAAAAAUUAUUGGAAUACCAAGCGGAGUUAUUGUAGAAGGAGGCUUAUCUGAAAGCAAAUUAGUCCCUUUAGGUUUCCUUCAUUAAAUUAAUGAUGAUAAAUACUUGAAUUUCGGCGUUAAAGUAUUUGCUAAAAAUUUUGCUAGAGUUAACGAUGAGACUGGAAAUAUUGAUAAAUGUAUUAAAUCUUUGUCAUCACCUAAGGUUAGCUAUAUUAAAUUAAGAAUUAUUAGACCUAUUAUCACUCUUAUUGAAGACUCUUCUUCUUUUGUAAAUAAACAAUUUGGUAGUAUAGCAAUAUCAAUUAAUUUCCUAUCAAUCAUUGGCUAUUAAGUAGAUCACAUAGCCUCAAAUUUGUCCUAAUUUAUUUACAAGAUAUAAACAGACAGCGCUAUAUAAAUCUUAGGAAAAUUAUGUGCUGAAGGUAUGGGAUUUGACAAGACCAUAUAGUCUAUUUCGAAUGAUAAGCAAAUAAUUUAAAAAAUAAAAGACGGAUUUGAGUGUGUAGAAUCUUUAAUUUCUCAAUAUGAAUAGCCUAUAUCACAGCUUUUGAUUUGUAUAGCUUUGAACAAUGAUGAAUUUGCAGAUUGGAUAUUUGAUUAUCUUCUUGAUUCAAGUAGAAAUAAAACUCCAUUGGCAAAGCUCCUAACUGAAAUAAUAAUAUCUUAAAAGUAACAGUACAAUGACAAAGUGUUAUCUAACAAAGCUUUGCCUCGGGUCGAAAAGCUUUAUGAAUACAUAGUUAAGCAGAUUAAAUAAUAUUUGGAGAGUAACCCUACUGAUAAAGAUAUAGAGGUAGAUGCAGAUGGUAUUUUGUCUCUUUCAAGUAUUUUCCCUUUUGUUGAUGCAUUAAUAGCUGCUUUAAGAAUUUCGUAUCCUCAUCCAAAGAUGAAUCAAAAUGAGAAAGAAAAAUAUCAAGUAAAAGAAAUUAUGAAAUUAAGAGUAAAUAUAGAAAUCAUAUAAAGUCUAAUUUCCAUCUAUUUAAAGUGUGUUAAGUAGAAAGCUGAAGGUUUUUCAAAAUUAAGUAUAAAAUUACUGGUAAGCUUGUUAUAUUUACCCCUGCCAUUUUACUGUGAUAAUUAGGAAAAUUUGAUUAAGGAAUCUCUAAACUUAAUUUGGGAUUCACUAAUUUAGAAAAAGUAAUAUUAACUUACAGAAUUAAUGGUUGUCUUAGCCUACGGAGGAGAUUAAUGCCAAAGAUGGUUUUUAGAAGACAAUCAAAAUCAUUUUAAAUAAUUAAUUCAUAAUAUUAAUCAAGAAAUGUCCUUAGCUUCUUCAAAUGAAAAAAAUACAUAAAAUAAUAUUUUACAAUCAUAAAAUCUAAAUAAUCAAACUAUAACAAAUUCUAAGAAAGCAAAAAGUCUUUUCAGUAUAUUGUGCGCUAUAUCUAAUUCUCAAGAAAUUUAAAAUUUGCUUAUAUAAACCUCACCUGGAAACAAUAGCUCAAACAAUACUAACUAAAUUCCAGAGUACAUAAAAAUAUAUUCAUUGAUGAAGCUCAAAAAAUCAGAAAAUAUAUUUUUUUCCUCUACUUCUUCAAUAGGAUCCUCAAGUUAUAGAUUACUCUAAAAUUGGGUUGACUAGGAGUUUUUGCAGUUAUUUGUGGAGUUUUUGAAGAAAAUAUCCUACAGUAAAUAAGAGGUGAUUGAUUCAAUUGUGCAUGGUCUGAUUGAAGAUAUUAAAGAACUAGAACACAAGAAAGAUCAUCUAUUUGUUAAUGAUUUACUUCUUCCUAUUUUACAAUCUAUCUAAACAGUCCCUAUGUGCUUUCAUGCAUUUGAUUCCCUUCAAAGAAAGUGGCUAAUUAAUCCUAUAAAAGUAUUAAAUCAUCCUUAUUAUCUAGCCAAAUUUUAGUAGUCAUCAAAAAGUAAAGCCUAAAAAAAUAUAGAUAAAUUCAAUACUAAGUUAUUUAGUCAAGAAUAAAAGUAAGUCUUUAUGAAAACAUUGAAAAAGUUCACACUCGAUACAGGCCUAUACAAAAAAAUUAAAAAGUAUGAAUGGAUUAAAGAGGCAACUUAAGAAGUAGAUAGCUAAUCAUCAUUGAUCAAUAAAUUGGAAAAUAAAAUCUUAAAUAAUCCUCCCUACAUAAUUGUAAUUGAAGGUGUCAAUAGCGGAUAAAAGUGUUUGUGUGGUGUUUUUAGCAGCUAAGCCAUUUAAAAAUCUUCACUGGAAAGCACUUUUAAUAUAUCAAACGGAGAUGAUUGCUUUAUCUUUUACUAUAGUGAAAAUUAUCAAAUUCAUUUCAGAGUUGAAGGCAACGAUUUUGGGUAAUUAGAUGUUUCUCCAGAAACAAGUUUUUUAACCUUCAAAUAUAGAGAGCUUGAUCGCAUAUAUUUGUCAUUCUCAGAAGGAAGCUCCAGUUAUGUUGAUAUAAAUAUGUUUGAUAUGAAACCUAUCGAAAACAGUCAAAAUAUUCCUCACGAUAUUCCAAACGAUUUUUCUUUCAUAAAAGCAGAGUAUUGGGUUUUAAGACCAUAAACAAUCGAAUUAAGUGAAGAUAGGAAACAUCCUUUUAAAAUGGAAAAUAUGUAUGACAUUUAAAAUACAUAACACCAUCUGUUUAACAGUGAAUAUUACAAACCUGACAAUGCUUACAAUUUUUACAGAUCUCCUGCUGUUUACCAUUUCCCAGAAGAUCUUACUUUGCAACAGGUUAUAACAUAAUUAAAUGUCCCAGGUUUACAGGUAUCCAAAGAAGUUCUUUAGCAAUUCUCCUUCAAUUUAAGAUAAAGUGCUAAAUUUUUUUCAUGCAAAGAUAACAUCAAUCUUAGAAGCCUUUACCAAGAAAUAGAUAAGAAUUCAAAUGGAAUUAUAGACUUAGAAUAUAAUGUUGAUUAAUUCUUCCAAUAAGCUCCUAAAAUUCAAUAGCUAUCAUAGCCUCAAUAAAUAGAAUAAUAAAAUUUAGAUAAUCAAAAAUAGAAUAAGAUAAUUGAUGCUUUUAUAGAUUAGAAAGGAUUUAAAACUAUUAUAUCUGUUAUUAAAGAAUAGCUAAAUAGCUGGAAUAGUAAAACAAGAGCUAAAAAAUGGUUAGUUUAUGUUCAAGAAUUAAAUACAUUCUCUGUUCUUCCCAACUUCAUUUAUGAGUUUAUGAAGAAAAAGGAAGGAGUGAAUAUACUUUUCCAACUCUUAUCUGGAUCUCUAGAUUCUUCAAACGAAUUAAAAUCAGAAAAAUAAGAAGAUAAUAAGAUGCAUUAAAUGAAAUAACCUUUACUAGAUGGGCUCUCUGAAGAUUACCCAAUCACAAAAGCAUUUAAAAAGAGUUAUUACAGUUAAGAAAAGAAUAAAGAAGACUUUGAGAAAAACAAAUAAUUUGAGGAAUAAGAAAGAAAUGCAGUUUAAAAUAUUUAUGAAAUUCUUUCAUAAUUAUUCUAAUAAGAUAAAGAUAAUCAUAAAAUAAAAAGUAUUGCCAUAGAAAAUAAUAUAUUGUAGAUAAUAUUUGAUAGAAUUUCUUCAGUUUCCAAGGAGAAACCUCGUAAAUUCAUUGAAAAUACUCCUGCCUAAGAUAAAAAGUUGAGCGAUGAUGAUAAUAAAUUAAAAUUAGACUCUCCUAUCCUUAUUAUGGGAGUAUAAAGAACAGGAUAGGGAGAAAAAGAUGAAAAAUCUCGCUCUAAUUAGAAUGUGGACAAAAAGAAAAAGGGUACUGGAUAUGCUUCAGAUAAUACUGGAUAAAACCAAAAGUGGAAUACAAGCGAAUAUGUAGAGAUAAAUAAAUCUAGAAAUCAGCUUCUUCUAAGUUUGAUGAAAAUAUUAUAAAGCUUCUUUAACUUUGAAAGCUGGAGUAUUCCAAAUAAAGUAAUUCAUUCUAUCUGUGAAAGUAGUCUUCUUCCAUUAUUAGAGAGCGCUUUUAGGAGUGGCUCUUUACUUGAAAUAUGUAAAGAAAGUUAAUUGAUGAUAUAAUACUUGCAGCUCAUAGAAGUGAUGUCCUAAAAUAAAAGUUUGAUUAAAUGUCUCAUGAAACUUGACCAAAGAUACCAGCCUACAUAGACUGAAAGUAUAAGUGAACUUCUAAGUAAGCUUCGUACUACUGCAGAGAUAUUCUUAAAUUGCAUCAAACCAGUACAAAUAUAAGUACCUGAAAGUACAGUUAAAUCUUCAAUAUCUAUAUAAAAAGACAUGCUAGCUCAAUCAAAUGCUAAUUUAUUAAAAUAAUGGGGAGCUGAUAAAGACAUAUUGAAUGAAGAAAAGAAAUUUUAAAAAAUCCUGAAUGAUUAAGAAGAAGGCAAUCUUUAAUCUUAAUAAGUUGCUACUAGUAUAAUUUAGGUGCACGAGAAAUUAGAUUAAGCUAUUCAAGAAUUUAAUGAACAUAUUCAAGAAUCAACCUCACAAAAUUUUUCUAAUUUAGAUCAAGAGUAAGAUGAAGGAUAAGAAUAAAUCUAAAAAGUAUAGCGUGUUUUAGAAUUACCUUUGAAUGUAAAGUAUAAAAUACUGUUAGAAAAGCUGAGAUUCGGAUAUUUUUCUAUGAACAACAAUAACUUAAACACAUAUAAUCAUCACUACUAAUAGUAAAUCAUGCAGAACUAAAAUCCAUCAUAGGUUAAAAUGGUUAGAUUAGCAUAAGAAAUUGCAGAUAUGGCUAAUUCUUUACCAAUUGAUCAUACAAGCAGUAUAUUUGUUAGAUGCGAUUCCAAAAGAGUAGAUGUCAUGAAAUGUAUAAUCAUGGGUUCCUCAGGAACUCCAUAUGCUCAUGGUGCUUUUUUAUAUGAUAUUUUCUUUGAAGACUCUUAUCCUAAUACAUCACCAAGAGUUAAUCUUUAAACAACUGGCAACAAUAAAGUGAGAUUCAACCCAAAUUUAUACAAUUGUGGAAAAGUUUGCCUUUCUUUAUUAGGUACUUGGAAAGGAUAAGCCAGCGAAAAUUGGGAUCCAAAAAUAAGCACUUUGCUUUAAGUUUUAGUCAGCCUUUCAGCUAUUAUCAUGAAUGAAGACAUUUACUUCAAUGAACCUGGGUAUGAAGGACAUAGUGGAACUGAAGAUGGAGAUAGAAAAAAUGAAGCUUAUUCUAAUAUUGUGCGUUUUAGUAAUAUUAAAUAUGCUAUGAUAUAAACCAUAAGAAACCCACCUGAAGGUUUCGAAGAUGUAAUUAAAAGACAUUUCUAUCUUAAGAAAGAUGAGAUCUUAAAAGAAUGUGAGGGAUGGAUAGAAAGAAGUACAAAAAAAUAAGCAAGUUAUGUUGGAUUGGUCAGUGAUCACAACCCUUAAAUUUGUUAAGAAUUCAAAUAGCCAAAUAAAUAUACUGAAUAACUCAAGCUAGCAGUUUAAGAUUUGAGGCAAGAAUUAGAAAAACUAACUCCUCCAUCUUCAAUAGAAACUUAAGAGGAAUUAGCUAAGAAAAAAGCCAGAAGCCAAAAACAACAUGAAAAGAAAUAAAAUUUAAAUAAAUAAAAUAAUUAGAAAUAAAAUAUACCAACAGCAGUUUUACACAAUGCUUUAGACGAUUUAUAGUAACAAGAAAUACCUAUAAAGAAUAAUAAAAUUAAUAAAUAAGAAGAGAUUGAUGUAGAAAGUGAAGAAGUAAAAGAUAGAUGGUCAAGAUAUAUUUGCGCUAUGGGUAUAGAUGCUGUAGCUAAAUAGAGUAAAUGCAACAUUUUCCUGAGUGGUUUAGGACCAUUAGGAGUUGAGAUUGCAAAAAAUAUUGUUUUAAGUGGUGUGAAAAAAAUGACUUUGCAUGAUAACCAUAUCGUAAAUUAUAGAGACUUAAGUGGACAGUUUUUCUUAAAGAAAGAAUGUGUUGGCAAAAACAGGGCGGAAGCUUGCCUAUAAGAUAUAUAACUCCUCAAUCACUAUGUUCGUGUGGAUACGAAUGUUAAUUAGGUUAAUGCAGAUACUUCAACAUUAUUAGAAAAGUUGUAUUUAUAAGAUUAUCAUGUAGUAAUUAUAACUGAGUGUUAUUCUUUAGAUAUCCUUACAGCAAUCAAUACUUUUUGUAGAUCUAGAUCUAUUAAAUUUAUAUACACUUAGGUUUAGGGACCUUUUGGUUUACUCUUCAAUGAUUUUGGAGAUAAUUUCGAAGUAAUUGAUAAAAAUGGUGAAGAUCCUGUUGAAUUAGUUAUUUAAAAUAUAUAAUAAGUUUAGGCUGGUGAAAAAAGCAAUAAACUUAAAGUAACUUUAUUACCUGGCUUUAAGCACCCUUACGAAGAUAAAGAUAAGGUGAUUAUAAAAGAAGUACAGGGUAUGCAAGAAGUAAAUAACUAGAGUAAAUCAAUAAAUGACUCUAUUUUCGAAAUUGAAACAAUAAACUCAAAUAGCUUUUAUAUACUCACAAAUAAUUUAUACUCACCAUACUAAGGAAGUGGAGUUGUUAAAAAUAUUAAAACUCCAAUUUAUCUUUCGUUUUAGUCUUUAAAGCAAUGUAUUUAGGCAAAUAAUAUGGAAUAUUUUGAUGCAAAUAUGGCUUCUCAUGAUUUUGAGAAAAUGGACACCAUACCAUAUCUCCACAUUGCAUUUUAAGCACUUUAAGAAUUUAUCCAAAUAAAUUUCAGGUAUCCUCACCCAUGGAAUUAAAAAGAUGCUUAAACUAUGUUAGAAAUUUCUAAAAGUCUUUAUGGUGCAUUUGACAUUCCAUAGAAAGAAGAUGAAAAAAAUAAAUUAAAAUUUGAAGAAUACAUAAACAAAUUCUCAUUUACUGUAUCAGGAACUUUUCAUCCUUUGUGUGCGUUUAUGGGUGGAUAUGUUUCUCAGGAGGUAAUUAAAGCUAUAACAAAUAAAUUUGUGCCUACAAAAUAACUCUUCUUGACAGACUGUAUCGAAGUUUUACCAGAUAUAAACUGGAGCGAUAAAAAAUCUUCUGAAGAAUAAAUUAGUAGAUUGUAAAGUUAAUUUGAAAAUGAAAAGGAAUUUGAGGUAUAAAAUGAACUGUAAUUAAAAAUUGUAAUUGGUAGCGAAACUUCUGAGAAACUUUCUCAUUGCAAACUCUUCAUGAUAGGCAGUGGAGCGAUCGGCUGCGAGCUCUUAAAAAACUUUGCUAUGAUCAACCUUUGUACUGGAGAAGAAAUUCCAGAAAGAAAUUUGAGGAAAGGAUAACUAACAUUAACAGAUCCAGACCAUAUUGAAACUUCUAAUUUAAAUAGAUAAUUUUUAUUCCGUGAAGAGCAUUUAAGAAAACCAAAAUCUUCUACAGCAGCACAAGCAGCAAUUAAAAUGAAUAAUAAGCUUAAAAACCAUAUUGUAGCUUGUUUGGAUAAAGUCUGCGAAGCUACGAAAAACAUCUUCUCUGAGGAAUUUUUUGAAGAUUAAGACAUAGUGGCAAACGCUCUAGAUAAUGUUGAAGCCAGAAGAUAUGUAGAUAAAAGAUGUGUUUCUUCUAAAACUCCUUUACUUGAAUCUGGAACUCUAGGACCAAAAGGACACGUUUAAGUUAUCAUUCCUUAUAAGACAGAGUCAUAUGGAAGUCAGUAAGAUCCAUAAGAAGAAGGUGGAGAUAUUCCUCAUUGCACUCUAAAAAUGUUCCCUGAAGAAACUUUACAUUGUAUUGAGUGGGCUAGAGAUAAAUUCGGAAAAAUAAUUACUUUAAAGCCAAAAAUUGUAUAAAAAACUCUAGAUGAGAUAGAGAAUAUCAAAGAAGGAAAAAUUAGCUGUGAAAUAAUUAAUUUGAGAAAGACUCUAAAGGCACUAAAAAAUAGACCUCUUUCAUUUGAAGAUUGCAUAGAAUACGCAGUUUAGAAAUUUUAUAAGUUAUAUAGAAACAAUAUAAGAUAACUUUUAUAUACUUACCCUCUUAAUCAUAAGAACAAAGAUGGCAGCGAUUUUUGGAAAUUACCAAAAAGAGCACCUUUCGAAAUUUCAUAACUGGAUGAAUAAAAUCCUCUUCACAGAGACUUCAUAGUUGCAUUAUCUGUAAUGAGAGCAAAAUCAUUUAAUAUUCCUUAUCCUUAGAGCUUUAGGUAGCAAUCAGAAAAAAUAUAAAUUAUGCAAAUAGCUAUGAAUUGUAAAAUUGCCGAUUUCUAACCAUCAGAUGAAAAAUCUACUGAAAUUAAACAAGAAGUCAAUUAGGAGAACGAUAAAACAUAAGAAUAAGCUAGCAUUAAUUAAUAAGAAAUUAGCCAGAUACAAACAGAAACUAACUAAAAUAAUAUAAAUGAAUUAAAAUAAAACUAAAUUAUUUCAAAUGAUGAAAAUCCUAAUUACCUUAUAGAGUAAAUCCUACUUUAAAAGUUAAAUCUAUAAUAGUAAACUUUUAUGCAUUCUGAAGAAUUCGAAAAAGAUAAUGACUCUAAUGGGCAUAUUGAUGCCAUCUAUGCCAUGGCAAAUCUUAGGUCCAUAAACUACUCUUUAACUCCUAUGGAUUGGAUUAAUGUUAAAUUGAAGGCAGGAAAAAUUGUGCCAGCGCUUGCAACCACAACUGCAGCAAUUGCUGGAUUGCAAACUAUAGAAUUAGUAAAAACAUUAAAGAAGGUAGAUAUAUGCAAAAUGAAAAAUGCUUUCCUGAACUUGGCUGUACCUUCUUUAUAACUUACUGAACCAGCAGGUCCUCCCUCCUUUUAGAUUACUAAAAAUUUAAAAGCAAGUAUUUGGGAUAGAUGGGAUGUUUGGUUAAAUAAGUAAGAUAGCCUAAAAAAAUUAUUUAAUUACUUUGAAGAGAAGAUGUAAUUAAGUCCAUUUAGCAUUUUAAUUGGAACAGACCUCAUAUAUUCUUUUACAAUGAAUACUGAAGAUAAGUAAUUUAUACAAGAUAGUACAUUUUCUGAGGUGCUUAAUAACAACAAUUAAUUAAUUUUAAGCGAAGCUAAAUAUAUAGAUCUAAAUAUUUUAUUCACAGAAUUAAAUGGUAAUCAAAUUCUUCUGAACACUCCUUCUGUAAGACUAUUUUUCGGUGUUAAGGAAGAAAAACAAUAAUGA